GGUGGAGCACGUGCGGGAGAUGGCGGCCGCCGGGCUGCACUCGAACGUGCGGCUGCUCAGCGGGCUGCUCCUCACCAUGAGCGGCAACAACCCGGAACUGUUCUCUCCUUCUCAGAAAUACCAGCUCCUUGUCUAUCAUGCAGACUCCCUCUUCCAUGACAAGGAAUACAGAAAUGCUGUCAGCAAGUACACCAUGGCCUUACAGCAGAAAAAAGCCUUAAGUAAAACCUCCAAAGUCAGACCUUCUACUGGGAAUGCUGCAUCAACACCCCAAAGCCAGUGUUUACCAUCAGAAAUUGAGGUGAAAUACAAAAUGGCAGAAUGUUACACAAUGCUGAAGCAAGAUAAAGAUGCCAUUGCUAUUCUUGAUGGGAUUCCUUCCAGGCAGAGAACUCCAAAGAUCAAUAUGAUGCUGGCAAAUCUCUACAAGAAAGCAGGUCAGGAGCGCUCCUCGGUGACGAGCUACAAAGAGGUGCUGAGGCAGUGCCCCUUGGCCCUGGAUGCCAUCCUAGGUUUGCUCUCGCUGUCGGUGAAGGGAGCAGAAGUGGCCUCCAUGACCAUCAACAUAAUCCAGAGCAUUCCCAACUUGGAUUGGCUCUCUGUGUGGAUCAAGGCAUACGCCUUUGUGCAUACUGGAGACAACACCAGAGCAAUAAACACCAUUUGCUCUUUAGAGAAGAAAUCAUUGCUGAGGGAUAAUGUGGACUUGCUGGGGAGCUUAGCAGAUCUGUACUUCAGAGCUGGAGAUAAUAAAAACUCUAUCCUAAAAUUUGAACAAGCACAAAUGCUGGAUCCUUACCUAAUAAAAGAGCCCUGGGUGGUAUCUGGGUGUCACAGUUUCUACAGCAAACGAUACUCCCGUGCCUUAUACUUGGGAGCCAAAGCAAUCCAGCUGAACAGCAACAGCGUCCAAGCCCUGCUGCUGAAGGGAGCUGCUCUGCGCAACAUGGGCCGGGUGCAGGAGGCCAUCAUCCACUUCCGUGAGGCCAUCCGGCUCGCGCCCUGCCGCCUCGACUGCUACGAGGGGCUCAUCGAGUGUUACCUGGCAUCCAACAGCAUCCGUGAAGCCAUGGUGAUGGCAAACAACGUCUACAAAACCCUGGGGGCAAAUGCCCAGACCCUCACCCUGCUGGCCACAGUCUGCCUGGAGGACCCAGUCACGCAGGAAAAAGCAAAAACAUUGCUGGAUAAAGCUCUCACACAAAGACCUGACUACAUUAAAGCUGUGGUAAAGAAAGCAGAACUCCUCAGUAGAGAGCAGAAGUAUGAAGAUGGGAUUGCCCUGCUGAGGAAUGCCCUGGCCAACCAGAGUGACUGUGUGCUGCACCGCAUCCUGGGGGACUUCCUGGUGGCUGUCAACGAGUACCAGGAAGCCAUGGACCAGUACAGCAUAGCCCUGAGUUUGGAUCCAAACGACCAGAAGUCACUGGAGGGAUUGCAGAAAAUGGAAAAAGAGGAAAGUCCAACAGAUGCCACCCAGGAAGAAGAUGUGGAUGACAUGGAAGGAAGUGGAGAAGAGGGGGACUUGGAAGGCAGUGACAGUGAAGCAGCUCAGUGGGCAGAUCAAGAACAGUGGUUUGGGAUGCAGUAAAAGCCUCCUGCUGCUUGUUUUGGCACUUGAACACAUCACUAGGGCCACUCUUCUUAGAAGAACAGAAACUAUGCUUUAUUUUCAGUAACAAAGGACUUUUUUUUUGUUUGUUUUUGUUUUUUAAUAGACUCUGAAACCAAUUAAUAGUUCUGUGCAUCUCAAUACUCUGGAGAUUCUUGGUGCUUCUUAUUUAUUAAGUGUAAGGGACUAACUGCAUCCAAGGUUAUUCACAACUUUAAUUUGGAAAACUUCCUGCUAAGACUAAAACCAUCAGAACCUGAGGUGUGUGAUGAGCCUGCUGUUCAUGAUGAAAACAAUGUCUGAGUUCUGUCCAGGGCUAAGUGUGCUUGGGCAAGUUGUAAAUACAGUGGUUUGUACUCCUUUGUGGGAAGGGUCUUGCUCAUUUGUAUGCAGCCAUUUGAGUCUGGGGGAGCUACUUGAGUGUGGCUGAAAGCAGAACUUUUCUUUUGCUGGGUUUGUUGAAUUAAUUUGUCUUUUUCUAGGGCAUUACCUGUGCUGUCCAGAAUAAAUCUGGGACAAAGGCAACUUGGACUUGCAGGACACCUUUUGUAGCUGACUGAUUUCUCUGUGUACAGAAUUGAGCCAGUGGUGGAGAAUUAAAGUCAUUUCUUCAACCCUUAUUAAACCCUGCAAUCACUUAAA